CACACUUUGAUUGGCCAGAGAUUUCGGUGAUCAGCAAGCAGCAGCACUACAGAUGGACGCGAAGCGACAGUUCGAGCGGGAAAUCAUCCUGAGAAAUUCGAUCCAGGGUGCUCCCAACCGUUUCGAGGCGAAGAACCGUAUCCUACGAGCCUCCGAUGUCUUGCUGUCUUUGGUGGGCAAAUCCACGACCGAAUCCGACGAUACACAUGCAGGUGUUGCGAGCCCCCAGGAAGCCCUCCGGCUUUUCCCUCCGUUUCGAGACGAUGAUGGACUCAUAUUUGGUGCCGUGAAUGUCAAUUGUCCUGACUGCGACGCGGUCUUCUCUUCGCUGGAUGAGUUGAAACAACACUACUUAACAAAGUACUGCCCAGGGACUGCAGUGGCUGUCUAUGUGAUGACGCGGGAUCGUCUAAUCACGAAAGGAUACCGAGUGGAAAAGCGCUUCAUCUCGCUCAAUUCCCGCCCCAUAUAUUUUUUCUGCGAUAACUGUGAGAGACAAUUUACGUUCGGCGAAGACGACAACGAAGGUCUUGAUCGGCAGCGAGACGAAUCGCACUACAUCGACUGCAAGCAUUGUGGAGAGCAAUGCAACGUUGCAUACCAACCGAUUCUGAACGAUCCUCGAGACGGUACCAUCUUUCGAGAUUCCAUCAGUCAUAGUCGGAGUUCUAGCAUUGCACCCACGGGGUCUGUUGGCUGCAAAAUCCCUUCGGCGCCAGGUGUCUUGGGGGAUCAAUCCUUCUCGAGAAAAGCGAAGAAGCUGCGGGACUCGUGGUCGUUCAGAAAAUUUUCGCAGAGCGAAGAGGACGAACUGGUUGCGAUCAGCUUUGCAGGACUAUAUGAUUUGGAACGAGCAGUGCACGCCCCUAAUGGCAUUUAUCGGCAAAUUGAUGCUAAUAAUGAGCCACGCAAGGCUCAGUCUGCUAUAAGCUAUGUUUCGAACGAGCUAGGAAUGAAUGGCGCAUCUACCAUUGAAUCCAAGAGGACAGUCUGCGAGGAGGGCGAGCAUCCCAGAAAUGGCGCCACCGAUUCCGAAAAUGAAAAUUCAGACGGCCAAGGAUCUCAACAGACGCAAUCAAGAACCUCGAGGAGACAGUCCUUCUUGCAGAGGCUGUUUGGCCGCAAGGUUCCAAAGGGAGUCUCACGAGCACGGUCUACUGCCGACCGCAGCAAACGGCUGAUGAAAAGGGCAAACACUAUCCGAUUUUCCUUCGUUACCAAGUAUACACGCAGCGAAAGCCGGGCAACCGCCCGCAAAAGUGAGUCGGAUGCCUAUACGAAGGCGGCAACAGAGCCAAAGCAGGAAUCAGUUGCCGAUACUGAAUAUAUUGCCCUGCUACGGGGAACUCAGAACAUCUUCAUUCACACCCAGCAUAUCUCUGGGGGAACCAUUGUUCACGACGCAGCUGGACGGCAAAGGAUCCUCAAGAUCGACGAUGUUGCACAGCUUUUUCUACAGAUGAAAGAUGAGGCCGCAUCAGCGAGUAUCUGGUCUCGUACUAUCGGCGCGCAAAUACGAGCUGAGACGGCUCUGAAGCAAGGGAACCUGAAAGCAACAGUUGUGGAAUACCAUAAUGCCUUGAGGAUGCUCGACGACACACCGGGGCUGGACAUGGACAAACAGUCACGCGCGGCAAUUUUGCAUUCCCUGGGACAAGCGUAUCGCGAUCUCGAUAUGACGCAGGAGUCGGCAGUAUGUUAUUUGAAGGCUUUGGGACUAUUCAAACGGACGCUUGGGCGUGACCAUCCUAACAACUUCGCCAUCCUACACGACCUCGGAGACCUCUGUGCGAAAGACGGGUACGCCACGGAAGCAUCGGCCUUGUAUGAGCGGUCAUAUGCAGGUCGCAAUAAGACUCUAGGUCACAAUGCCCCGGAGACCUUGAGGAGUAUGCAGGACCUUGCCUCCCUGAAAGUCUCCCUGGGCGAUCUCGAAUCGGCCCUUUUUCUGCUAGAGAAAGCCGUUCCAGCACUCGAUACGGUGUUCGGGUUGCAGAACGCAACGACGCUCAGCGCAAAGAACCAACUGUCUCUGCUGUACCACAAGCUUGGAUUCAACAAGGAGGCGCGAACGAUAUGCGAGAGGACGAUCCCACACUAUAAGACCUUCUUCGGCAUCACCAGCCCAAUCAUCAGGGAAGCUGUGGUCCGAUACCUUGAAUGCUCAGAGAACCUGGACUUUCCCAGCGAAAUCAAGGACACCCUCGAUCAAUAUCAACAGUCUCGGGAACCCGAUGCACUCCGGGUCAUCCAUCGUCUGGGACGGUCGUAUAUGAAGGCUGGUCUCAACCGAGACGCAGCCAACAUAUUCGAGGCCUUAGUCGAGGACUUCCUGGCCGUCAAGGGCCCCGAAGCAACGGAGACAUUUGACGCGCUCAGCGCUCUCUGUGUAUCUCGCGAGCAGCUCGACUCCCUCGACCAAGCGAUUCUGGCCUACAAGCAGCUCGUCCACAUGGCCCGAAGAACCCCCGGAGAUCGCUACAUGCAGAAGAGGAUCGUCUUCGCUGAGAAGAAGAUCUGUGAGCUCAACGGCCGCCGUGACAUGCUCGCCGCAGAGAGAAAAGAAUGGGCAUUGCAAGAACCCGGGCCGUGUGAGAGCUGCGAGGCGUCCACCACCACCCUCUGCAACACCUGCAAAAUCUUCCGCUUUUGCAGCGACACCUGCCACAAGUCCGCAACAACCACCCACCAACCCGCCUGCAUCCCCUCCGUCUCCGUGCUCGAAUCGCACUCCCUCAAAAUGAAACACAAAUGCCCCGUCUCCGCACGCGACCAAGCCAUCUCCAAGAUCCGACAAAUAGACGCCUAUCGCCCCGUCAGCAUCACAGCAAGCCACACCUUCCACCUCGACUCCCGCAAAUUCACCACCUUCCGCAUGAAACUCAACCCGGACGUCAACACCGCUAUCGUCUUCUCCCGCGAAUCCGACAUCCGGUACACCAUCCUCGAUAACUCCUCUGCUGCUCAAUCCUCCACAACCCCCAGCUUCAAGACCGCUGUCUCCUCGCUGCAACGCCCCAGAGUCGGUGGUGGUGGAGCUGUGCAGUGGCUCUCCCCCGAACAGCAAGAAUCCAUCUGCCAUAUCCCCCCAGAGACCCUCAUCGCCGACCAAGCCUCUCAGUAUCUGCUCGUCGCUCCGGGGACGAAGAUGCUCCGCGCGCUUAUUGAUAAGCGUGUACGUGUUCGUGGCGGAGGCGGCGAGAAGGAGACCUUCCGUGCGCUGGAGCUCCCCAAUGAGGAUCUGGUGGAGUAUGCCCAGGGUCUCGAUUUGAGUGAUUAUCCCUAUGAGCCGUUUAUGUAUAUCUUUGAGUGGGUGUGGAAAUGA